GUUGCCGAGGUGACGGGGCGGAAGCGGUGGCUGCUCCGCGCGCCAUUUUCAAACCGCCGAUGCGGCCUAGGUGGCUGCGCGGCGUCUGCGGAGCGGGAGUGCCAGUCCCGGGGAGCGCUGCGGGGGCGCGGCGGGUGGGCAGCGCCCCUGUCCGCCGGGGCGGGGUGUCCUGUGGGGGAAGGAGGGAGGGUGUUGCCGGUGGGACCGGGGCUCCUCGCAGGCGGGCGGCUGGCUUGGGCUCCCGCGGUCCCGGCAGCGGCCGUUGUAGCGGCUCUGAGGCCAGCGUGGCGCUGGGCCGCUUCUGUCUGUUCUGUUCUGCCCUGGGGAGCGCAGAUUAGCCUGGGCAGCCUCCCCAGCGUCUGGCCUACGCGCUGGUGUCUCGUCCUCUCGGGGUUCUGCAGCCCCCCCUUUUCCCGCCGGAGGUGCAUCUCUGCCGGAGCCUGCCUCAGACAUUUCGGCCGCUCCUUAGUGGCUCACCCUGCAAGAAUUUGUUUUUAACGGUGUCCUAUUUUUCUUGAUUGUGACAAAAGCUGCUUUGGAGGUGUGUUUGCAAUGACUACAAAUGCAGAACGAAGGUUCAUUAAUCUCAGGAAACGUCUGGAUCAACUGGGCUAUCGGCAACCAUUGGGAGUGGAGAGUUUACCUUUGGUGGAAAAGCUUUUUAGUGACCUCGUUCACACAACUGAGAGCUUGCGCAGUGCAAAGUUAUCUGCUGGAAAAACUGAAAAAGAAUGUAGCAAUUAUGAUGCUGUUUUGGAACCUUAUAAAACAGAGAAUGCUAAACUUACCAGGGAAAAUAAUGAACUACAUUUAGAAAUAUUAAAACUGAAAGAGCAAUCUGAUCGUCAUGUUAAAGAUUUGAAAGCCUCCUUAAGGAGGGUUGAACAUGAAACUGCUGACUUGAAAUUUCUGAAUAACCAAUACAUGCAUAAAAUUAAAAUGCUGGAAAAAGAGAACAAAGCCAAGACUGAAAAAAUUCAGCAGCUUCAGGAGAAGAAUCUACAAGCAGUGGUGCAAACACCUGGUGGCAGAAAAAGAAGCAUUCCCUUCAGGCGUCAACGCAUGCAGAUAGACCAGCCUGUCCCUCCAUCAGGUGUUAGUGCCUAUCCAGUUCCUCAGCCAGAGGACCCCUAUGUUGCAGACCUUCUUCAGGUGGCUGAUAAUCGAAUUCAUGAACUUCAGUCAGAAGUAAAAGAGCUACAGGAAAAACUGGAGAUAUCUGAACAUGGAAUGAAAAAUUAUAGCAAACAGGUUGAGCUAAGAGACAAAGAAAUAGAGCGCCUAAUGCUAGCAUUGGAUGGUGGGCGUUCUCAUGAGGUUCUCUCUCUGGAAUCGAGAAGCAAAAGUAAUGAGAAGCUUAUCACACAUUUAAAUUUGCAGAUUGAAUAUCUUCAGCAAACAAACAAAGAACUUGAAAAUCGCAUUCGAGACCUCUUGGACACUAAACAAAAUGUGACUAGUGAGGUAGUGCAUUUAAGCAAUAAAAAUGAAGAACUGUGUCAAGAACUGAAUGAAAUAGACCACUUGGCACAGCAGUUGGAAAGACACAAGGAAAUUGUGCUCGAGACUGCGGAUAAGGAAAUAGGAGAAGCAAAGAAAGAAAUUGAAAGAAAACACAAUGAAAUACAGGAUCUUGAAGAAACAAUAACAAAGCUUAAAUCAGAGUUGUGCUCAUGUCAUAGGGAGAACGAGAGACUGAGUGAAGAACUCUUUGGAAAAGCAGAUGAUAAAGAGAAUCUUGAGCUGUUGUUAAACCAGCUUGAACAAGAGAAACAGAGGCUGACAGGAAAAACAGAGAACUUAGAAAUAAAAGAACGAGAACUUGUCCUAGAACUAGAAAGAAUGAGAUUAGAAUAUGGCAUAGCCCUAGGAGACAAGUCCCCGUCUCGUCUAGAUGCAUUUGUAAAGACUUUAGAAGACGACAGAGAUUAUUAUAAGCGAGAGUUAGAGUAUCUGCAGAAAAUGAUAAAACGAAGGCCUAGCCCAAGCCGUAGGACUCCAGAGAAGAGUGAAGAUCUUAGGUUGAUCACCAGAGAAAGAGAUGAGCUACGGUCAAUGUUAGACAGAUUUGAAAAACACAUGAUAGAAAUUCAAUCCAAUGUCAAAUUAUUGACUGCAGAAAGAGAUAGAUUAAAUGUUCUUUAUGAGCAGUCUCAGGCUGAAUUGAACAGGAUGAGAAGAGAAGCAAAACAUAGUUUAGUUUCUCAAAGUCACGUGGAAGAAGAAAGAGACAUUGCACUGACUGACUUCAGAAGACUAAUGGCAGAAAAAGAAAGCCUCAAAGAAAAAUUAAAGAUUCAGCAAGAAGCAGCUAACCUUGAAAAAUCAAAGAUGCAACAUGAUAUUUCAGAACUGGAGAAUAAUAUUCAAGGAUUUGAGAUGGAAAGGUGUGAACUAAAGACUACAGUCUCUAUCCUGAAAGAGAGAGUAAACUCUUUGGAAAAUGAAUUAAAAUUGAAGUCCAGUAAACUUGCCCAGACAUCUGAUGAUUCUUCUCAAUUUAAAGCUGAGAUGUGCUCACUUCAGCUCUUAAAUGACCAACUCCAGAGGUCUGUUGAAGAUUUACAGCACCGAUUGUCCCUCAAAAAGGAUGAACUGCAGUCAGCUCAAGAAGAAAUUGUAAAGCUAGAGGAGAAAAUAGAUAGGUUAAACCAGAGGAGCACUUCACAGGAUGAAGCAGUCAAUGUGCUUAGAAGUACUAUUACUAUUUUGGACAAAGAAAAGGACAGUCUUCAAGAAACUGUAGAUGAAAAAACAGAAAGAAUUGCAUGCUUAGAUGACAACUUAGCUAACAAGGAAAAAACAAUUACUAAUUUACGUCUAACUCUCUCUGAGCUGGAGUCCUCAACAGACCAGAUGAAGGACAUGCUGAGCAGCAGAGACCGUGAGAUAUCUAGCUUACAUCGCCAGCUUGAUACAUCCCAUGUAGAGCUUGCAGAAACGGGAAGAGUAAAGGAAAUGGCUCUGAAAGAAAACAGACGAUUGCAAGAUGACCUAGCUACAAUGGCCAGAGAAAACCAGACUAUCAGUACUGAGCUUGAAGAUGCAAUGCGUGAAAAAGAAGAAAUGAAAACCAGGGUUCAUAAUUAUAUAACUGAAGUUUCCAGAUUUGAGGCCUUGAUGGCUUCAAAGGAAAAAGAAAACCAAGAAUUGUUAGAGAAGUUCCGAAUGCUCCAUAUGCAAGCUGAAGACUGGGAAAUGAAGGCUCAUCAAGCUGAAGGAGAAAGCAGCUCAAUACGACUUGAACUCCUUUCUGUAGAUACAGAUCGGAGACAUCUUCGAGAGAGAGUAGAACUUCUGGAAAAAGAGAUUCAAGGGCAUAUUGUUGCACAUCAAGCAUAUGAAUCUCAGAUCUCCUCCAUUACAAAAAAUAUGUCCAAAUUGGAAGAGGAUAUUAAACGUGAAAAUCAGGAUAAGUCUUCUGUGUUGGCAGACCUGGCUUCUGUGAGGGAACUCUGUGUGAAACUUGAGGCUAACAAAGAACUUCUGUCUCGACAGCUGACAUCCAAAAGCAUGGAUUAUGAAAAGGUUCUAGGUGAAUUAGAAGAUAUAAAAUCAGAAGCAGAGUUACUGAAAAAGCAGUUAUCCAGUGAGAGACUUACAGUUCAGAAUCUUGAAACAUUGCUGGCUACUAGUAGAGACAAAGAAUUUCAGAACCAUUUAACAUCCCAUGAGAAAGAUUCCGAAAUUCAGUUAUUGAAAGACAAGCUAACACUCGCCGAGAGCAAACUAAGCAGCUAUAAUAGAGAGGUUCCGAUACUUCGAAGUAAAGUUGCACAGCUGCAGACCGACUGUGACGUUUUAAAAAGGCAACUGACAACGGAACGAUUUGAACGAGAGCGUGCAAUUCAGGAAAUGCGUCGACAUGGUCUCUCUACAUCGUCAUUACGUGCUUCACCUCCUCUCAGUUCAACAUUAAGAUCUCCCUCACAUUCUCCAGAACGUACCAUUGUAAGGACAACUGAUCAAGCAACAGCUGAAAAAAAUGUGAGCUUCAAGGAAUAACCAGUACCGGAGCAACUGAAGCAUUACCUUGUUUGAAGGACUUUUUUUCUGAAAAUUAUGAAGGCUGACUUGUAUUCUACCUCUGUCUUCUUCAAAUCAGUGAUUACCUUUGAAAUUUCUGAGAACUGGUGAAGUAAUCAACUUUGCAAAAUUCUGCUUUCCCAUCUGGCUGGGGUGACUGGUUUUUGCUGGCUCUUUGACAGGUUUUGUAUCAAGGCUGGCUAAGUUUUGUUACUAUUUUGCAAACAUAAUAAUUAUAAGAAGGAAACGAGUACUUGGUAUGACAAUCACUUGUUUUCAAUUUACUAUUUUAUUUCUCUUUGCUUAUCUCAUGCGGUUACAGAAGUUUGUUCAUCAUAGUGUGAGCUAACAUAGACUAACACACGAUUGUCUUAAAAAUGCUGAGCCAGUGUAUGUGUUAUGCUCAUGACAAUUUCCCAUGUUUGGGUUUUUAACAAGUGUUUUCUGUUUACAGGUCAUUCUUUGAGGUAUUUAAAAGUAUUGAUUAUCUAUUUUGUGAAUGCAUUUUGUUUACUGUACCUCUUAAUAAAAAAAAUCAGUUAUUCUUUAUUAAUGUUUUUGUCAUCUAAAAACUACUCAUCUCCUUUUGUAUAAUCUUUGUGUGAAAUUGCAUUUUAAAUAUUAUCCCAAUAUUAAA